AUGAAGAUCAUUGACCUCAAAGUCAUGGGUUCACUAUCGAGGUACUGCAGAAACUUGGCAAAGUCCAUUUGCAGCCGAGGGGAGCUUGUCAGAGCUGUGGACAGCGGAGAAAGAGAGUCGAGGGCAACUGCAUUAUGGAUUCUCAAGAUGAAUUUGAACUGGACGAAAGCUCGGAGCUGCGUAAAGCAUCAUGUAAUGGUGCACAGCUCCUGCAUCUACAUAGAGUUAUAUGAGCUGCCCACACACUUCUUCUCGCAGCUCCUGGCACAUCAACAACUGGACCUUCAUGCUGCACGAAGCAACACACCUGUGGUUCCUGUCAAGCUUGUUUACUUCCUUAUGAACAAUCACAGUGUACCGAAAGCCUGCUUCUCCAAACCUCCAAAGGCAGCGCAGCUACCCUACAUGCUAGACACAGUGCAGCUGUGCAUUAUGGGAGUUCUCACCAUCCUCACCACAAUCUCCAUCAUACUCUAUCUGGAAGAGGCUUUGUACCUUAGAAAAAAAGUGAAGUGUAUGGUAAAGAGAAGAACAUCUUUAUGGAGCAGUGCAGCCCCCACAGUCAUCUCAAUUUUUACCUGUUUGGGUCUGUGGAUCCCUCGUUCAACCGGGAUUAUAGAUAUUGCUAUGGGCACAUAUUUUGCACUCUGUUUCUACCUCAUAUUGAUGGUUAUAAUUGAAGGCUAUGGAGGUAAAGAUGCGCUUGUGAAGAAAUUUGAAGCCUCGGAGGUACACAUCAACACCGGACCAUGCUGCUGCUGCUGUCCCUGCCUCCCCCGCAUCAAACUCACCAAGAAGAAGGUGAACCUUUUUAUCCUGGCCGUCUUCCAGCUGGCCUUUCUGAAGCCAGCUUUUAAUAUUAUUGGUAUGAUUCUCGCAGCCGAUGGAAUUUACAAUGCGGAGGAUCUAUCAAGUCGCAGCAUCGCCUUCUGGAUGGGCAUUAUUCUUGGUUUCUGCACUGUUCUAGCAUUGUGGCCCAUUGGAAUACUUUUCCGAGAGGCCAAAGUUCACUUGGCUGAGAAGAGUAUGGGAAUAAAAUUUGCAGUUUUUCAGACGCUUCUCAUCCUCACCACUUUACAAACGUCAAUCUUCAAUCUCUUGGGCACUUUUGGAGUUCUUCCCUGUGCCCCCCCAUAUGCAUAUAGAGCCAGAGCCAGCAUGAUGAACAGCCAUUUGAUCAUCAUAGAGACGUUUAUACUGACGGUGUUGGCACGCACUGCCUACAGGAAGAAGGAUGAAUACGCUGGUUAUACAACGAAGGCACUUCCCAAGUCCAGUCCAGUGCGUUACCAAGUCCAGAGCGUUACCUAG